AGGGUCUGAUUAGAGCAGGCCAGACAUACUUAAUAGGCAGUUCUCCACACAGCCUCAGACCUAGAACUUCUCCCUAGCACCGUAAGCCUGAGAAGGCAUUAUGAAGUGGCUUUGGGUGCUCGGGCUUGUGGCCCUCUCAGAGUGCUUGGUCAAAAUCCCUCUGAUGAAGAUUAAGUCCAUGCGAGAAAACCUGCGGGAAAGCAGCGUGCUGAAGGAUUACCUGGAGAAGUACCCUCGCAGCCGUGCCCACGUGCUUCUUGAGCAGCGCCGGAACCCAGCCAUAACUUAUGAGCCUAUGAGGAACUACCUAGACCUGGUCUACGUUGGCAUCAUCAGCAUUGGCACGCCCCCUCAGGAGUUCAAGGUUGUCUUGGAUACUGGUUCUUCAGUCCUGUGGGUACCAUCCAUCUAUUGCUCCAGCCCAGCCUGCGCUCACCACAAAGUCUUCAACCCGCUUCGGUCUUCCACUUUCCUGGUCUCAGGCAGACCCGUGAAUGUUGCCUAUGGCUCAGGAGAGAUGUCCGGAUUUCUUGCUUAUGACACUGUCAAGAUUGGGGACCUCACAGUUGUGGCCCAGGCAUUUGGCCUGAGCCUGGAAGAACCUGGCAGUUUCAUGGAAUAUGCUGUCUUUGAUGGUAUCCUAGGGCUGGGAUACCCCGACCUUGGCAUUCAGGGAAUCACGCCUGUCUUUGACAACCUAUGGAUACAAGGCCUUAUCCCCCAGAAUCUCUUUGCCUUCUACUUGAGCAGCCAGGAUGAAAAGGGCAGCAUGCUGAUGCUAGGUGGAGUGGACCCCUCCUACUACCAUGGAGAGCUUCACUGGGUACCAGUGUCCAAGCCCAGUUACUGGCAGUUAGCUGUGGACAGCAUCGCCAUGAACGGGGAGGUCAUUGCCUGUGAUGGUGGCUGCCAAGGUAUUAUGGACACAGGGACCUCCUUGCUGACCGGUCCCCGAAGCUCAAUCCUUAACAUCCAGAAUCUCAUUGGUGCCAAGGCUGGUGAUGGCGAGUACUUCCUCAAAUGUGACACCAUCAACACUCUACCUGAUAUUGUCUUUACCAUUGGCAGUGUUACCUAUCCAGUGCCAGCCAGUGCCUAUAUCCGAAAGGAUCAUUCACACAACUGCCGAAGCAACUUUGAGGAAGGCACAGAUGACCCGUCAGAGCCCGAGACAUGGGUGCUGGGAGAUGUUUUCCUGAGGCUGUAUUUCACUGUGUUUGAUCGGGCAAAUAACAGGAUUGGUCUGGCUCCUGCUGCAUGAGUGCGGGCCUACUUCAGGGAACGGCCGGGCACACCGCUCAACACAGACUUGACUGCACACAGGGCAUUUCAUCCAGGGAGCUUAUCCCGGGCUAUGGGGAGCUCUGCAAAGCCCUGUUCUGUGUAGGGAAUAAAGAUUGCAUUCACAAAGCC